UCUCUGUCUGCUGUCUCUCAAGAUAAUUGGGACCAGAAUUUGAUCUCAAUGUCAUGGACAAAAAAGGGGCUUCUGGCGGGUCUGCCGCGAGCAAGAAAAAGAAAGGCAGCCGCAGCCGUAGCAGCCAUAGCAACGCGACUGGGACCGAGGUUAGCGGUAGCGCUGGUAGGAAUAACAGCACAGGCUGUUUUGCGCUCGUUCCCGCUGCUGCUGCCGCCGCCGCCCAUCUCGGUCCGGGUCCAGAGCCCGGAGCGGAUAGCAGCUCUGUCAUGGACGAAGCGGAAGACGGCGACGAGGAGCCCAAAUUCCAGCAGCCAAGAUCGCGCCGGGCCGGUGGCAGUGGCAGCAACGACGGCGGAGGUUCUGGCGGCAGUAUUAGAAUGAAGAAUUUUACGCCAGGAGGGGGAGCCGCGUCAACAGCGAGCAAGAACUCCAACAACAAUGAGCUCUGCCUCCUGAAAGGCGAGGGGUCUACACCUCCUGCUUCUGUAGGCGCCACAACAUCUGCUGCUUGCCAGGGUGAUGGUGUUGGACCUGGCGGCGCCGACAAAGGCGAUGGAGGGGACGCAGUCACAGGAGUAGCGGCGACCGGCGUGGCUAACAGUCCAGGUGAGGGUAGCAACAGCACGGCUACCGUCACAGGCAUGAAAUGCAACAAAAACGGAGAUUGCAGGAGGGACCCAGUCACCACGGGGAGCCUGUCUUCUAUUAUCUCUAAACAGGAAAGGCAGAGCGUUGGAGCGGCUGGAAUCGAGGACGGGAAGAGGCGAAGCGCCUGUAAUUCCACGACAGCCAGUAUGGACGGAUCGACCACCCCUGCCGGCUCUCUAACGCAGGGACACGGGGGCGAGACUGCGAGCAUCGGCGCCACUUCGGCUGCCGCCGGUGCCUACGAGAAAAAGGACUCCAGGGUUUCGUUCUCCAACGCGCCGAGCAGGAAAGCGUCUUCUUCUGUGCAUGGCGUGGGCCAGAGCCAGACCCAACAGUCCAGGAAUUCGGUCACGUUUCUCAAGUCCGAGGAUGGGCCACAGAUCUUUCCCGAUGACCUGGACCCCGGGGACAACCAGACUUUCAUGCAACGGCAAUUCAGUUCCAUGCUACAGCCCGGAGUUAAUAAAUUCUCGCUGCGUAUGUUUGGGAGUCAGAAGGCGGUGGAAAAGGAACAAGAGCGAGUUAAAUCGGCUGGAAAUUGGAUUAUCCACCCGUAUAGUGAUUUCAGGUUCUACUGGGAUUUCACGAUGCUCAUGUUCAUGGUGGGCAACCUGAUCAUCAUCCCCGUGGGCAUCACCUUCUUCAAGGACGAGACCACCGCGCCCUGGAUCAUCUUCAACGUGGUGUCGGACACCUUCUUCCUCAUGGACCUGGUGCUCAACUUCCGCACGGGCAUCGUUUUCGAGGACAACACCGAGAUCAUCCUCGACCCCAAGAAGAUCAAGAGGAAGUACCUGAAGACCUGGUUCGUGGUGGACUUCGUCUCCUCCAUUCCCGUGGAUUACAUCUUCCUCAUCGUGGAGAAGGGCAUCGACUCGGAGGUUUACAAAACGGCGCGGGCCCUGCGGAUUGUGCGCUUCACCAAGAUCCUCAGCCUCCUGCGGCUCCUGAGGCUCUCCCGGCUCAUCCGCUACAUCCACCAAUGGGAGGAGAUCUUCCACAUGACCUAUGACCUGGCCAGCGCGGUGAUGCGCAUCUUUAACCUGAUCGGCAUGAUGCUGCUGCUGUGCCACUGGGACGGGUGCCUGCAGUUCCUGGUGCCCAUGCUGCAGGACUUCCCCGAUGACUGCUGGGUGUCCCUCAACAAGAUGGUGAACGACUCCUGGAGCGAGCUGUACUCCUUCGCCCUCUUCAAGGCCAUGAGCCACAUGCUGUGCAUCGGCUACGGCCGGCAGGCCCCGGAGAGCCUGUCGGACAUCUGGCUGACCAUGCUGAGCAUGAUCGUGGGCGCCACCUGCUACGCCAUGUUCAUCGGGCACGCCACCGCCCUCAUCCAGUCGCUGGACUCGUCCCGGCGGCAGUACCAGGAGAAGUACAAACAAGUGGAGCAGUACAUGUCCUUUCACAAACUUCCGGCCGACUUCCGACAGAAGAUCCACGACUACUACGAGCACCGGUACCAGGGCAAGAUGUUCGACGAGGAGAGCAUCCUGGAGGAGCUGAACGAGCCGCUGAGAGAGGAAAUCGUAAAUUUCAACUGCCGCAAGCUGGUGGCGUCCAUGCCCCUCUUCGCGAACGCCGACCCCAACUUCGUGACGGCCGUGCUGACCAAGCUGCGCUUCGAGGUCUUCCAGCCCGGGGACUACAUCAUCAGGGAGGGCACCAUCGGCAAGAAGAUGUACUUCAUCCAGCACGGCGUGGUGAGCGUGCUCACCAAGGGCACCAUGGGAAUGAAGCUCUCCGACGGGUCUUACUUUGGAGAGAUCUGCCUGCUGACCCGGGGCAGGCGCACGGCCAGCGUCCGGGCCGACACCUACUGCCGCCUGUACUCGCUGUCGGUGGACAACUUCAACGAGGUGCUGGAGGAGCACCCCAUGAUGCGACGGGCCUUCGAGACCGUGGCCAUCGACCGGCUCGACCGCAUAGGGAAGAAGAACUCCAUCCUGAUGCACAAGGUGCAGCACGACCUCAACUCGGGCGUCUUCAACAACCGGGAGAACGAGAUGAUCCAGGAGAUCGUCAAGUACGACCGGGAGAUGGUGCAGCAGGUGGAGCUGCUGCAGCGGCCGCGGGCGAUGUCCGCCACCCCCAGCGCGCACGGCGGCAUGAUGUUCGCCCCGCCCCCCGGCGGCGGCCAGCCCCCGGUCGGCUCGGCCAUCGCCACCCUGCAGCAGGCGGUGGCCAUGAGCUUCUGCCCCCCCAUGGCCGGCCCGCUGGCGGGCCCCGGGGUCCUGCAGUCCCCCAGGAUGGUGCGCCGCUUCCAGGUGGUCCAGAGCCUGUCCAGCCCCGUGUCCGUGUCCCCCCUGCAGGCCCAGCAGCAGGCGGCCCAGGCCCAGAUGGCGGCUGGGUCCUUCGCGUCGGCCGUCUCCAGCCCGCCCGUGCAGAGCCCGCUGGCCGGCGGCGGCGGCGGCGGCGGGCGGACAUUCCAGUACGGGAUGGGGGGGCUGACUGGCUCCCAGCUCUCGCUGGUGCAGCAGCGGGCCCCCAGCCCCCCGCAGAGGCCCAGCACCCACAAGAGCACCCACUCUUUGCACACCGGGAGCCUGAGCCAGGAUGUCCGGGCCCUGUCCGCCUCCCAGCCCUCCCUCCCCCACGACGGGGGCCUGCCGCCGCCGCCGGCGGCCCCCAGCCCGCCCCAGUCCACCCGCGUCUCGUCCACGUCCAUCGGGCCCCCCCCGCAGGGCCACCCGGGCACGCCGGGGGCCUCAGGGUUCAGGGCCCCCCUGCUGCCCCAGAGGAUGGUGCUGCCCCAUCAGAUGUCGGUGGGCGCCUUCCCCCCCUGCGUACCCCCCUCGGUGGGGCUAGGGGCGGGGCUAGGGGCGGGGUUGGGGGUGGGGGUGUCGGUGGGGGCGGGGCUGGCGCCCAGCCUGCCGGACCCAGGGGGGCUCAAGAAAGAUUCGACAGGGAGUCUCCCCGAAACGGACACGGCCAGAUCGCGGCUUUCUUCCAACUUGUGACCUUCAGAAACCGUCGCGUGGUGAGGGGCUUUUUUUUCUGAACCAGUUUUGCGAGAUCAAAGGGAUUCCAACCCCCCAACCCACC